AUGGCGCUCGAAUGGGUUAUGCUUGGAUACGCCGCCGCCGCCGAGGCCAUUAUGGUGCUCCUCCUCACCGUUCCUGGCCUCGACGGCCUCCGCAAAGGUUUGAUCGCCGUCACCCGAAAUUUGCUCAAGCCCUUCCUCUCGGUCGUCCCGUUUUGCCUCUUCUUGCUCAUGGAUAUCUACUGGAAGUACGAGACUCGCCCUAGUUGCGAGGCUGACUCCUGCACCCAAACGGAGUACCUCCGACACCACAAGUCCAUCGUGAAGAGCCAGCGCAAUGCCCUCCUCAUUGCCGCCGCUUUGGUCUUCUAUUGGCUCCUCUACUCCGUCACCAAUCUCGUUGUUAAGAUUGAGCAGUUGAAUCAGCGGGCGGAGCGCUUGAAGAAUCGGGAUUGAGUCCUCUCAUGAUUGGCAAUUAGCGAGUCAAUCAGGGUUUGGAGCGUAUAACUCUCU